AUGGUUCUGUCACAAGGACCUUCGGACCCCCGAGACAUGCGAGUUAUGAAGCAUUUCGUCAAAGCAUUGGCCUUGGGGAAAAAGGGUAAACUUGACAAAGUUCAUGGGCGACCGACAGUGGAUAGUCUAAGAUGCCUUACGCGCCAUUUUUGCAAUGCGUGGGAACGAUACCAUGAAGCAAGUAUACCACCAGAAAUAAAACACUUAAUGGCAUAUUAUAUUCAAGGUGAACUAGCAGACGAGCUUGGCCUAAAGAGCCUACGCAAAGAACAAACGUUCCUCACGAUCGAGAACUUUGUAAAACUUCAUCAAUUUUUAUGGUUCGAAGACUUCCAUGACUACGUACAUGAGGGGUAUCGGGUAGACGACGCCAAUCUAUUAAACACACAUUGCUUCAGCUCUGCUAGGGUAGCAGAGUUAUGUGGAGCAAAAUACAAGGAUCUCGUCUUGUUAAUUGGCUGGAAAGACGGAGAGGCUGAGCUUAAACUGAAAAUACGAAGGGCAAUCUGUAAAGGAAAGAAUGAUAGGCAAACUUGA